AUGCGGGCGCACCUUACAAAAUCGCUUUCGCACAUAAAGGCCUUGAGGCAGUCUUCCAAGUCUCCAUGGUUUUUUUUGUGUUCUUCUUCCUACUGUGAUGCUCCUCACAAGAAAUCAAAGCUUGCCCCUCUACAGGAAAGGAGAAUGAUAGACAGGUUCAGGCUUUAUGCUAAAGGGGGUGGUGGUGGCAGUGGUUGCACCAGCACUCGCCGUAGUCGGCAUGAUCGCCGAGGAAGACCUGAUGGUGGGAAUGGUGGAAGAGGUGGUGAUGUGAUUUUGGAAUGUUCCCCAAGAGUUUGGGACUUCAGCGGUUUGCAACCUCACCUUAUUGCACAGAGAGGGGGACAUGGAUCCUCAAAGAAUAAAAUUGGCACCAGAGGAGCAGAUAAGGUUGCCCAAGUGCCCAUUGGCACUGUGAUUCAUAUUAUGAAGGGUGAAAUUCCUUCUGUAGUUGUAAGCCAUUUUUCUGAAGAUUUGGAUCCAUGGGAGAUUCCAGGUAUGCCUAUUGGUGAUGCAACUGGAUCUGACCAGCACUGUGCCCUUUCUAGCCUAAAUACAGAAGAGGAUACUGGCAGCUCAUCAUCUCAACCUCAAAGAACCGUUGAGGAAUCAGCUGGCAAAACCACCCAAGUUGGAUCAACUGAUAUUCAUUCUCAAUCUUCAUCUUCUUCAUCUGAGAGUUGCACUGAAGAUGAGACAGAGAAAAAAGAACAACUUCAGUUGAAUGUUGCUGAAUUGACUGUACAAGGUCAACGAAUAACUAUUGCUCGUGGAGGGGAAGGUGGUUUGGGUAAUGUGUCCUCUGUGAAAGUAUUUGAUGAUGAGGAGUCGUCCAUUCGUGUUGGUUUGCCUGGUUCUGAAGCUGUUCUUAUAUUAGAGCUAAAGAGCAUUGCUGAUGUGAGCCUAGUGGGAAUGCCAAAUGCUGGUAAAAGCACUCUAUUAGGGGCUAUAUCGAGGGCUAAGCCUGCAGUGGGCCAUUAUGCCUUCACAACUCUUAGACCCAAUUUGGGGAAUCUGAACUUCGAGGACUUUUCACUCACAGUUGCUGAUGUUCCAGGACUCAUCAAGGGUGCACAUGAGAAUCGCGGACUUGGACAUGCAUUCCUGCGGCACAUAGAACGAACAAAAGUUAUAGCUUAUGUGGUAGACUUGGCUUCUGCAUUGGAUGGUAGAAAGGGAACACCGCCUUGGGAACAGCUUAGGGAUUUAGUUUUAGAGCUUGAGUACCAUCUAGAGGGUUUAUCAAAUCGGCCAUCCUUGAUAGUAGCAAAUAAAAUAGAUGAAGACGGUGCUGAAGAAGUGUAUGAAGAAUUGAAAAGAAGGGUGCAAGAUGUUUCUAUAUUCCCUGUAUGUGCUGUUUUGGAGGAAGGAGUGCCAGAGCUAAAAACUGGUCUUAGGAUGCUUGUGAAUGGUGAAAUUUCAGACAGACUCCAUUUAGAUAAAAUUAUGGUUGACUAA